GCGACAGAAUAGAACGAGUCAGGUGCACCGUGGAAGGUUCGCGAGUGUCUGCCAGUGUCUAUAUAUGCCGGGGAGUGUCAGUCCGGCGCCAGAGUAGAGCUGCAACAAGUGGCAGAAGGUGAACGGCUCCCCACCGUAGAACAGGAGCAGGAGACCCUCGCGAACGGCACAAGGACACCGCUCGCUACCCCCCAAGGACUUUGCAGGUCAAGCCGCGCUACUAUAGGGAAGAUGGCUAAGGCAGUGGGCAUCGACCUAGGCACCACCUACUCGUGCGUGGGCGUCUUCCAGCACGGCAAGGUGGAGAUCAUCGCCAACGACCAGGGCAACAGGACCACGCCCUCCUACGUGGCCUUCACCGACACGGAGCGGCUCAUCGGGGACGCCGCCAAGAACCAGGUGGCCAUGAACCCCAACAACACCGUAUUCGACGCCAAGCGACUCAUCGGCAGGAAGUUCGACGACACGACGGUGCAGAGCGACAUGAAGCAGUGGCCCUUCACGGUGGUGUCGGAGGGCGGCAAGCCCAAGAUCAGCGUCGAGUACAAGGGCGAGAACAAGAAGUUCUUCCCGGAGGAGAUCUCGUCCAUGGUGCUCAUCAAGAUGAAGGAGACGGCCGAGGCGUACCUGGGCGGCGCCGUCAAGGACGCCGUCGUCACCGUGCCCGCCUACUUCAACGACUCGCAGCGGCAGGCCACCAAGGACGCCGGCACCAUCUCCGGCAUGAACGUGCUCAGGAUCAUCAACGAGCCCACCGCCGCCGCCAUCGCCUACGGCCUCGACAAAAAGGUCGGCGGUGAGCGCAACGUUCUCAUCUUCGAUCUGGGCGGCGGAACCUUCGACGUCUCCAUCCUGACCAUCGAGGACGGCAUCUUCGAGGUGAAGUCCACUGCCGGCGACACUCACCUCGGCGGGGAGGACUUCGACAAUAGGAUGGUGAACUUCUUCGUGCAGGAGUUCAAGAGGAAGUACAAGAAGGACUUGGCGACGAACAAGCGAGCCGUCCGCCGCCUCAGGACGGCCUGUGAACGCGCCAAGAGGACCUUGUCGUCCUCCACGCAGGCCAGCAUCGAGAUCGACUCCCUGUUUGAAGGCAUCGACUUCUACACGUCCGUCACACGCGCCCGCUUCGAGGAGCUCUGCUCCGACCUGUUCCGCGGGACGCUGGAGCCCGUGGAGAAGUCUCUGCGUGACGCCAAGAUGGACAAGGCCCAGAUCCACGACAUCGUGCUCGUCGGCGGCUCCACGCGCAUCCCCAAGAUCCAGAAGCUGCUGCAGGACUUCUUCAACGGCAAGGACCUCAACAAGUCAAUCAACCCCGACGAGGCGGUGGCGUACGGCGCGGCGGUGCAGGCGGCCAUCCUGUGCGGCGAUAAGUCCGAGGCCGUGCAGGACCUGCUACUGCUGGACGUGACGCCGCUGUCGCUGGGCAUCGAGACUGCGGGCGGCGUGAUGACGGCGCUCAUCAAGCGGAACACCACCAUCCCCACCAAGCAGACGCAGACCUUCACCACCUACUCCGACAACCAGCCCGGCGUGCUCAUCCAGGUGUACGAGGGCGAGCGGGCCAUGACGCGCGACAACAACCUGCUCGGAAAGUUCGAGCUGACGGGCAUCCCGCCCGCGCCGCGUGGCGUGCCGCAGAUCGAGGUGACCUUCGACAUCGACGCCAACGGCAUCCUGAAUGUGUCCGCCGUGGACAAGAGCACCGGCAAGGAGAACAAGAUCACCAUCACUAACGACAAGGGCCGCCUCAGCAAGGAGGACAUCGAGCGCAUGGUCAACGAGGCGGAGAAGUACCGCGCCGAGGACGACCUACAGCGGGAGCGCGUCUCCGCCAAGAACAACCUCGAGUCGUACUGCUUCAACAUGAAGUCCACGGUGGACGACGACAAGUUCAAGGACAAGAUCCCCGAGAGUGACAGGACGGCCAUCAUCGACAAGUGCAACGAUACCAUCCAGUGGCUGGACUCCAACCAGCUGGCGGAGAAGGACGAGUACGAACACCGUCAGAAGGAGCUGGAGAAGGUGUGCAACCCCAUCAUCACCAAGAUGUACGCCGCGGCCGGUGGGGCGCCUGGCGGCGGCAUGCCCGGCGGCGGCAUGCCCGGCGGCAUGCCCGGAGGACCACAGGGCGCCGCGCCCGGCGGCGGCGGCAGCGGAGGACCCACCAUCGAGGAGGUGGACUAAGGACACGACAACCACACCGCCAGGGUGAAGACCCGCCCGAAGACACGGCACACACUCAGCACGGCGCACACACACACACACACACACACACACACAACACGGCACACACUCACACUCACUCCACACAGUCACAACACCCACAAUCAGACAGUAAAGAGAACAUACAUUUAGUUUUAAGAUACCAACAAAGACGUUUAUACGAGAUUUUAUAAAAAAAAAAUAAAUAUAUAUAAAUUAUUAC